AUGGUGCAUGCAUCUGAUGUCAGGGGCGGGUCUGGUGGUGAGAAUGUUAAUUCAACCCAUGUGCCGGGACGUGUAGCUACCCGAAUCAGCAAUGGUAACCACCUAUGGACCGUGUGGGGGUUGGCUGAUAGUCUGACCAGACCUCAACUUUGUCACUGCCCGGGAGCCAUCACAAUCCUUCACGUCCACGCUGUCACGUCGCUUGCGCUCAAUCAUGAUGCCCAACGCUCCUGCUACACAUGCGAUUCACUAUCCACAACCCUGUGGCGUGCGUAUCCCGGAUUGACGCAAGACCAAGGAGGCAUAGGCAACGGCCAUCGCCGCCACUCCCAUAUGUGA